AUGAAGAUGUUGAUUCUGGCGGCGCUGAUCAUUACUAUCACUAUCAACGUCAAUGUAAACGGCGCCAAAGUCGACAAUGUAUUCACGGAGUGCUCUGAGAACGAAUAUUACGAUGAAGAAACCGAGACUUGUGAACCAUGUACUGAAUGCAAGAACUCUCACUACGAGAGGCAAGCAUGCACGGUGUUCAGAGACAGAAUCAUUGACGUUGAUGAACAUUCUGAUCGCCGACGCCUUCCACCUCUACCCACUGACGAAUACGACGAUGACGAGUAUGCCGACGAAGAGGACGUGAAAUACGAGGUACCAUCGUCAGAGGAGGAACUACAGGGAGUGGAUAUCAUAGGCAGUGUUGUGGUCAAUCCAAUAGAUGACCAAUAUGACGAAGAGGUCGUGAAAAAGCCGAAGAAACACGACUUCGCCCCAAUCUCUGGCGAUGAGUUCCUUCGAAGUGAUGACGCAUCUGGAGAAGACGAUGAAGAUGACAAAGAGUUGGAGGAAGGAGAUGUAAAGCCCCUAGAAGUUGAUGAGGAGAAAAUCGGCCAAGACGACGAUUUGGAGGAUUCUGGUGAGCUGCUCGAGGGCACCGGUGGUCAUGUGAACAUCGUGGCCAUUGCUAUACGAAAUAAAAAGACGCUUCUACUUGUUAUCGUUUCGGAUUACAACACUCAUCAAAUACUAAUAGACCUUCUAGUCACACGGUACCUGAGCGUAAUCGAAAAACAAAUGAUUCAGUCAGCAGGAAGGAAUAUUUUAGUUUAUAAGGUAGAUCUGGAGGAAAUUCUCUACUCCAUGCGGCAGCAGCUAAGUCAGGAAGGAAGCCAAGCUCAUGUUCACGAAGCCGGAAAGCAGCUUGCAGGUCGAGGGCCGAUUGAUUCAGUCAAGAAGAAGCAAGAAUUCGUGACUAUUCAAUCUGACAGUAAGAAGGGCAUAGAUGUCCAUGAUUGA